CGGUCUCAAAAUGGAGGUAAAACCGCCGCCCGGUCGCCCCCAGCCCGACUCCGGCCGUCGCCGCCGCCGCCGGGGGGAGGAGGGCCAUGAUCCUAAGGAACCAGAGCAGUUGAGAAAACUGUUUAUUGGUGGUCUGAGCUUUGAAACUACAGAUGACAGUUUAAGAGAACAUUUUGAGAAAUGGGGCACACUCACAGAUUGUGUGGUGAUGAGAGACCCCCAAACAAAGCGUUCCCGGGGCUUUGGUUUUGUGACUUAUUCUUGUGUUGAAGAGGUGGAUGCAGCAAUGUGUGCUCGACCGCACAAGGUUGAUGGGCGUGUAGUAGAACCAAAGAGAGCUGUUUCUAGAGAGGAUUCUGUAAAGCCUGGUGCCCAUCUAACAGUGAAGAAAAUUUUUGUUGGUGGUAUUAAAGAAGAUACAGAAGAAUAUAAUUUGAGAGACUACUUUGAAAAGUAUGGCAAGAUUGAAACCAUAGAAGUCAUGGAAGACCGGCAGAGUGGGAAAAAAAGAGGAUUUGCUUUUGUAACUUUUGAUGAUCAUGAUACGGUUGAUAAAAUUGUUGUUCAGAAAUACCACACUAUUAAUGGGCAUAAUUGUGAAGUGAAAAAGGCCCUUUCUAAACAAGAAAUGCAGUCUGCUGGAUCGCAAAGAGGCCGUGGAGGUGGAUCUGGUAACUUCAUGGGUCGUGGAGGAAACUUUGGAGGUGGCGGAGGUAACUUUGGUCGUGGUGGAAACUUUGGUGGAAGAGGCGGCUAUGGUGGUGGAGGUGGCAGCAGAGGUAGUUAUGGAGGAGGUGAUGGCGGAUAUAAUGGAUUUGGAGGUGAUGGCAACUAUGGCGGUGGUCCUGGUUACAGUAGUAGAGGAGGCUAUGGUGGUGGUGGAGGGCCAGGAUAUGGAAACCAAGGUGGUGGAUAUGGUGGCGGUGGAGGAUAUGAUGGUUACAAUGAAGGGGGAAAUUUUGGUAACUAUGGUGGUGGUGGGAACUAUAAUGAUUUUGGAAAUUACAGCGGACAACAACAAUCAAAUUACGGACCCAUGAAAGGGGGCAGUUUUGGUGGAAGAAGCUCGGGCAGCCCCUAUGGUGGUGGUUAUGGAUCUGGUGGUGGAAGUGGUGGAUAUGGUAGCAGAAGGUUCUAAAAACUCAGCAGAAAAGGGCUACAGUUCUUAGCAGGAGAGAGAGCGAGGAGUUGUCAGGAAAGCUGCAGGUUACUUUGAGACAGUCGUCCCAAAUGCAUUAGAGGAACUGUAAAAAUCUGCCACAGAAGGAACGAUGAUCCAUAGUCAGAAAAGUUACUGCAGCUUAAACAGGAAACCCUUCUUGUUCAGGACUGUCAUAGCCACAGUUUGCAAAAAGUGCAGCUAUUGAUUAAUGCAAUGUAGUGUCAAUUAGAUGUACAUUCCUGAGGUCUUUUAUCUGUUGUAGCUUUGUCUUUUUCUUUUUCUUUUCAUUACAUCAGGUAUAUUGCCCUGUAAAUUGUGGUAGUGGUACCAGGAAUAAAAAAUUAAGGAAUUUUUAACUUUUCAAUAUUUGUGUAGUUCAGUUUUUCUACAUUUUAGUACAGAAACUUUAACAAAAUGCAGUUUUGAAGGUGUUUCCUUGUGAGUUAACAAGUAAAGAAGAUCAUUGUUAAUCACUAUUUUGUAUGAAUUUUGCUAAAGUUAACUGUAAAGAAACACCUGCUGACUUGCAAUUUAAGGGGAAUCUAUUCUCCCCAUUUCCAAACCAUGAAAUGAAUGGGCUCUGACAUGUGGAGAGAAUAGAUAUUUGUAUGUUUGCAAUGUGUGUUUUAGAUAAAUAGAAUUGGGUAUUUAAAUUAGCAUAUUUGUGACUUUAAUGACAUUAAGAUUUACCUUCAAAUGAAAAAUCUCAAAAUUCCUAUUUGGUUUUUGUGCAUUUUCUUUCAAAAUGUAAUCAUGAUUUUAGUGUGUUAGCUUUGCUGAGAGUCCUAGUUGUGUUUAGAACAUCUCCAUUCUACAUUCACCUUGGUCACAUGUGAACUGCUGCCAUAGUUUUAUUUGGGUGUAAAGAAUGUCUGCUGCCCUCUGAUUAAAUCCUGGAAAGGGGUAGUGGAUGUUUUUCCUUUCCUCCUCCAUUAAAAAACAUUCUUAAUAACUUCAGAAUACAGGACCACUAAGCCUGCUUAUCUGAGCAAAUUGGUGGCUACCUUUUUUUUCCUUUUUAAAGCACAAGAGGCCCAUAAAUCUUCCGUUAUUUUCCUUGGUUUAACAUUUUUUAUUUGAUAUAAGAAGCUCUCAAAGCAAGAGAAUAAAAAUCAUGCAUUGUUGAACCCUUAACUGGCUGGCAUGCUUUCCUGUUUGUACCCUCUACAUUUUAUGGGAUGAAACCAAGGACAGUCUAGAUAUAAUUGACCCAAAUGACUUAAUGCAGUAGAAGUGUACCACAGUUGCUUAGUAUAAGCUUCCCACUUCCCAAAGACCUGAAUUCAAAUUUGAAUUGUCUGAGUUCUUAUUCAAAGUCCCAAAGAACACUGUUACUCUUAUGUGUGUGCUUGAACCUAAAUCAUGUUGGUAUGAGCUAAUUUGUUUGGAAGACCCUGGGUGAGAAGAUUUUUAGAUGAUAAGGUCAUAUAUAUAAACUGAUGUCUACUGUUUUGCGCCAGCCCUAGUGCUUACAAUUUCAUUCAAGCCCUAAAUAUGUGCCCUGCUGUUACUGUUUCUUUGGCAGUUGAACAUUGAAUUCAAGGUUUUUAUUUUUGUUUUAAGAAGUACUAAGCAAAACAAGCAAUAAAAAGGGGAGUGGGGCGUGCUAGUGUUUGCGUAUGCUCUCUUGUUGCUCUAAUUCUGUGCCUCUGUGCAUUAAUAUUUGGAUGCAUGCAAUGCCAGCAUGGAAAUCGAUCUUCACAGAUAACCGCAGUUUUCCAGAAAACACUCACAAACCAAUAAAUGUAACAGACAACAUACCAUUUGUUAAUGGACAUAUGUGAAUAAGCAGCGUAGAAAAUAGGCAAAUAUUAGAAAAUGAUUAAGUUUUUAACUUCAAGUGUGGUUAUAUAAAUGGACACUGUCAAUGUUUAUGACUUAAAUCUGGGUACCUGGUCAAAAUAAUGCUUGGGAAACAUUUUAUUAAAAUUGAGCUAAAAUGUUUAAAGUUCUUUUAUUCAUAUAAUAAAGGUUGAAGGAAUGGGGGAGAUUAACAUUUCCUGUUUCUAUGUUUGUGAAAUUGUUUGAGACAACCUUGACAGUAUCCUUUAACGGCAUAUUAUGAAGUUAAUUGUACUGUUAACAAACUUUCUGUUCUGGAACUAGUUUAAUAGUGAAAAUAUUUUCAGUAAGUUGAUGUUUGCAACCUAUAAGCAGGUGAAAUCUGUGUAUGUGACCUGUUUAUAAGUUGUGUUUAGCUUAGUUCUUGUGAACAGUGUGGAAAAGUAAGCCAUGAGGAGAGCGAUUUAACCAGCUUUAAAGGACCUAAGAUGUGCUUUUUAAGCACAGUGUGGAUCAAAGGAGACUCACUAAGACAGGACUUCAGAAGCCUUUUGAGUAUGGACAAGUCAGCAUAAAUAAAGAAUGACAAGGCAGCAGCAAGAGCUUCAACUACAGAGAAGUGAAAGCAUAAGAUACUAUGGUGAUAGUGAGCAACUUUUCAAAGGCUAGUUAAAUCUGCUUAUUACAACUGAAAUAUCGAAGAAAGUCUAGCAGGAAGGAGCUCUUCGCCUUUUGGAACAUCAAUGAGAGAUAGUUGCCACAGUCACUAGGUCUAGCAUUUAGACCUGCAAGGAAGGGCAAUAAGCAUUAGGUAAGGCUUGAAUUUGAAUUUUUUCACUAAUUAAAGAGUAUUUUUUUGUAAAGCAAGGUAAGAGUAAUCUUUUUGAUUUGCAGGUUGAAUGAGAACCCUUCUUGCCUAAAUGAGGAAUGUCUUUCCUACCAUCUUAAAUACGAAGGUUUCUGGCUGGGUAAGGUUUGUAGCUCACAGUAAAACCUGAUGACACCAUUUGUUUCCCUACAAAUUUAUAUUACACAUUUAAAACCAUUAGGUACAUUAGCAAAAUUGUUCAGCUGAAACUUUGGAACCACAUCCAAAUGUUUUAAACAGGUUUUAAAACUUUCUGCAAUAACCAUGAGUGUUCAUGUUGAGUGACAUGUGGCCCCAUGUACACAAUUGCUGGUGUCUUUAGGAUAAAGUCAGUUUUUUUAUGAGAAAGGGAGUGAUCUCAAAUUUUGCGAAGAGUUUUGUAACAAGCAUGACUUAGUUCUAACAAACGUUAAGCUGCCAAUCCUUACUCUAGGAAGAACCUUGGGAUGAACUCUAAAUUGCCAGAUGAUACAAAUACAAAAAUAGUCUUCAUUCAAGUGGCCUCAUAAAUUUUCUUGCAUACAAAAUCAGGGAAUUCUUUGGAUUGAUAGGAUAAGUAUUUGGUUUUUUGUUUUUGGGGGGGUUUUUUGCUUUUGUUUUUUUUUUUGGUAUGUGUUGUUUAACCUGUUACCUGAAGCAGUGGGGGCCUAAUUAUUGCUAAUAUUCCUUUUUAAAAGACAACUUAUCAAAGAAUAAUUAAACUAUUACUGUGCAAGUCAGUUGCUGAUUUCAUAAGGUGUAUUAUUGCUGGCCCAAAAGGGCUUGUUAAAAGUUGAGAUUUGAUGUUAAUUCACUUUAAAAAAACAAACCACAAAACACUUGGGGAAUAGAUGCUUAAAAUGAAACUCGUUUCUAAAUUGUAAGUAAAUCAAAUUCUUACAUAAAUAGUAAGUUUGCCAGAGUUUAUUCUCACAAAAUGACUGGUUAGUUCUCCUCUAAACCAGGACUAAAUUUCUACAUCUCACUAGAAUGAAGUGUGUUGACAAGGUAAUUCUUUUAUUGAUGGAUUUUCUUUACAUCAUGGUUUUAGUGAAGCAGAUUUCCUAAGAUAGAAGACAUUUUCUUUCUUUAAAGGCAUUGUUCUUUUCAGUCCAUCUCGUUUCUUUAUGAAAUAAAGUGGUUUAACGUAAAUGUAGUUACACUGUCAUUACUGAAAAAUGUGAUGCUGUUAAGUCAUAACACCAAUAAACAAAGUUCAUGAGGGAAAUGGUCAAGGCAGGCUUUGUCAAAGCAGUUCACAGGUUACUGCUUUCCACAUUAUAUUUUAAACCAAAAGGAAAAACAACCUUCCAUUUACACUCAUGUCCUAAUGAAGAAAAUUUGGUAAUUAAAGACCACUUGCUAAGGAACUAAACAAUUGAGAUAAGUUUGGUUUGAAGAGUUCCAAUGUAGAAGUCACAAUUUGAAACAUUUCUAGUUAAUAACAGUAUCUCUUGGAGUUCCAGUCAUUGAUGUCUCAAAGUAGGGCAUAAGCAUGCUAAUGUGCAGGGGUAAUGUAAGGAUUGUUAGCCUCUGUGAGUAUUCAAAAUUUUAAAUUUCAAUGUUUUCUGAUUUUUAAGACUUAAGAGGUGGUGUGUAAUGGAUUCAAAUGUUUCAUUUGUAGGAUAAUGAAAUGUUUACAGAAAGAUAACUUUUUCAUUAAAAUAUUUUUAGAAA